GGAAAAAGAAAAUGACACACCAAAAAAUGAUAAUAAAGACCAAACAAAUGUACAAACUAUUUCGACUAUAUUUGGUUGAAGAAUGCAAUAAUAAUAAUAAUGGUCCUUAGGAAAACCCAACACACAAUAAUCAUGUCGUCGAUAAGUGAUCAUCAGCAUCGAAUGAUCAAAUUGAUCAUCAUCACAAUGCUCGGUAUUAUCGUUAAUCAACAACAAUUUAUCGUGGAUGCAAAACCAAAUUUUCCCCUAUUAAGAGGUGUAACAUUUCGGAAUUGGCCAUAUGCUGAUCGUAUUAAUGAUCGUUAUGAAGGUUUUAUUGUUGAUUUAAUGAAUUUAAUAUCGAAAAAAAUUGGCUUCGAAUAUCGUUUAUAUUUUUCACCCGAUGGUAAAUAUGGUACCGAAUAUAAUGGUAAUAAUAUUAAUGGAAUGAUUGGUGAAGUUUUUCGUAAUAGAGCGGAUUUUGCUAUUGCCGAUCUAACUGUAACUGAUGUACGUAAACGUUAUGUUGAUUUUACUGAUUCAUUUUUGGAAAAUCAAUUGGCCGCAAUUAUUCGACGUGAUGAUGCUGUUGGAUUACGUACAUUAGAAGAUUUAGUUCAAUUAAAUGAAAUUAAUCAUAAUAGACAAGAUUUACCAACAAAUGAAAGAAAUGAUCUACUUACAUAUGGUACAUAUAAAACUGGUGCUACAUAUUUUCAUCUAUCAAAACAUCGAGAUCCAAUUGCCCGAAAAAUAUUCGAAUGGAUGUUUCGUAAUCCGGAUGCAUUAGUUCGUUCAGCUAAAGAAGGUUUUGAACGUGUUAAUGCUGGUCGUUAUGCAUUUAUUGUUGAAUCAACAUUUGCUGAAUAUUUAACCGGGAUUUAUUGUAAUUUAACAAUGUUAUAUGAUACACGUUCAUUGUAUCCACGUCGGUUUGCUAUUGCAUUGCCGAAAGGUUCACCUUAUAUUCAAUCAUUUAAUAAAGUUAUUCGUGAAUUAAAAGCAACUGGUGCUAUUGAACGAUUACGACAACAAUAUUGGAUUAAUCGUUGUCGACAUUAUGAUCAGAAUAAUAAAGAUGAAUCAAUGACAUCUUCAACUAUUUUACCACCAUCAUCAUCAACACCAUCUUUGCCAUCGCCAUCAGCUAUACCAUUGAAUUUAACUGCCGAUCAACAUCAUCAAUAUCAUAAAAUGGAUGAUCAAUUUAAAUUAUCAUCAUCAUCGAAUAAUGGUGGUGGCAUUAGUAAUGGUAAUCAACAACAACAACAGCCAAAUGAGAAUAAAAAUCAGGCAAAAAUUGAAUGGUCAAGUCAUAAUCGUCAUUAUCAUCCAUUAAUUAUUGAUCGAAAUAACAAUAAUAAUAAUAAUAAUCAUCGUAAUCCAAUUCAUCAUCAACAUCAUCGUAUGAAUGUUCCAUCACAACAACCAUUACCAUCAUCACAUCAUCCUCAUCAUCAUUAUCCGAUUAUAAUAAAUAAUAAUAAUAAUCGUAAAGUGGCAACAGAUUAUAGUAAUAGUGACCUAGAUGAUGAUGGUGAUAGUGGUCAAUAUUAUUCAAUGAUAAAAAGAUCAAAUAAUUCAUCAUCAUCAAUUAGGCCAUUAUCAUCAUCAAUAUUAUGGUGGUUGUUGUUUUUAUUAUCCAUCACGACAACAAUCGGAUAA